AUGUGGAAGUUUCGACCCUCCACGGACUUUGACGGCCUGGGCCGGUCCAGCCCGCUGCUGCGCAGCGUGAACAAGCACUGCGGGCGUCAGGUCUGGUGCUGGGAGGAGAAUGCCGGCACUCCGGAUGAGAGGGAGGCCGUCGAAAAGGCCCGCCAAGUAUUCACAGAGAACCGACAGCACCAGAAGCAUGCUGCCGACGAGCUGCUCAGGCUGCAGUAUGCAGGCAGGCGCUCCUGCGGCCCCUUCCCCGUGGACAAGCGCGGCCUGUCUGGAUCGGGCGCGCCGGCCUCGGCUGCCACGGUGGAGGCGAGCCUGCGCAACGGCAUCUCCUUCUUCGAGUCCCUGCAGUGCGAUGAUGGGCACUGGCCCGGGGACUACGGGGGGCCCAUGUUCCUCAUGCCUGGCAUGCUCAUUGGCUUGUACGUCACCUCCGCCCUUGACUCCGUGCUGAGCCCGCAGCACAAGGCUGAGAUGGUGAGGUACCUGAACAACCAUUCCAACCCGGAUGGAGGGUUUGGCCUGCACAUCGAGGGUCCCUCCACCAUGUUUGGCACGGUCUUCUCCUACGUGUCCCUGCGCCUCCUGGGUGUCUCGCCCGACGACGCCACCGCUGCGGCGGCCCGCGCCUGGAUCCACGAGCACGGCGGCGCCACCUGGACGACCUCCUGGGGCAAGUUCUGGCUGGGGGUGCUGGGCGUCUACUCCUGGGAUGGCAUGAACCCCAUGCCCCCGGAGAUGUGGCUCCUGCCCUACUCCAAGUGGACGGGGAUCGGCUGGGCACACCCGGGGCGCUUCUGGUGCCACUGCAGGAUGGUCUACCUGCCGAUGAGCUAUCUGUAUGGCAGGCGUGCCACCGGGAAGCUCACCCCCCUGGUCAUGUCCCUGAGGGACGAGCUGUACCCCGGCCCCUAUGCCAGCAUCGACUGGAAUGCAGCCAGGAACCAGGUUGCAGCAGAGGAUCUGUACUACCCCCACCCUCUCAUCCAGGACGUGUUGUGGUGGACCUUGUACAAGGCUGAGCGUGUGCUGAAUGGGUCCCGCCUGCGUAAGCGUGCCUUGAAAGAGUGCAUGAAGCACAUCCAUUACGAGGAUGAGAACACCAGAUACAUUGACAUUGGACCGGUCAACAAGAUCCUCAAUAUGGUGUGCUGCUGGUUUGAGAACCCGGACAGCCAGGAGUUCAAGCUCCAUCUGCCGAGGCUGUACGACUACCUGUGGGUGGCCGAGGACGGCAUGAAGAUGCAGGGCUACAACGGCAGCCAGCUGUGGGACACUGCCUUUGCCGUGCAGGCCGUCGCCUCCACCGGCCUGGCGGGGGAGGCCGGCGCGUGCCUGCAGGCGGCGGCGCGCUUCAUCGACGCCAACCAGGUGGCGCAGGAGGCGCAGCAGCCGCUGGAGGAGUACUACCGCCACAUCAGCAGGGGGGCGUGGCCUUUCUCCACGGGGGACCAUGGCUGGCCCAUCUCCGACUGCAGUGCUGAGGGGCUGAAGGCGGCCCUGACGUUGACGAGUCUUGGCCGCGAGCUGGGCGGGCCCCCGCUCCCCGCCGAGCGGCUGCACGACUGCGUCAACGUCCUGCUUUCCUACCAGAACCCGGACGGCGGGUGGGCGACGUACGAGAACCAGCGCUCCCACCCCAUCCUGGAGCUCAUCAACCCGUCAGAGACGUUUGGGGACAUCGUCAUCGACUACAACUACGUGGAGUGCUCGUCGGCGUGCAUCACCGCCCUGCUUUCCUUUGCGGCCCAGCACCCGGAGCACCGCACCAACGAAAUCGAGAUGUCGGUGCACCGGGGCGUGCGGUACAUCAAGAGCAUCCAACGCCCCGACGGGUCCUGGUACGGCAACUGGGCGGUGUCCUUCACCUACGGCACCUGGUUUGGCGCGGUCGCGCUGGCCGCCGCGGGCGAGGACGUGCACGGCUCGGCGUGCCUGCGCCGGGCCUGCGCGUUCCUGCUUUCCAAACAGCGCCAGGACGGCGGGUGGGGAGAGAGCUACCUGAGCAGCCAGACCAAGGAGUAUCACCAGUCGGAGGGAGAGGCGAGCCACGUGGUGAACACCGGCUGGGCGCUGCUGGCCCUGCUGGCGGCCAAGUACCACGAGAUCGACGCCGCCCCCUGCCACGCGGCCGCCCGCUGCCUCAUCCUCGCUCAGGCAAGGGUGUCAGAAGUGAAGAGGGAAUGGGAGGAGGCGAGCGGCGACUGGCCUCAGCAGAGCAUCUCCGGCGUGUUCAACCGCAACUGCAUGAUCCAGUACGCCAACUACCGCAAUAUCUUCCCCAUCUGGGCCCUGGGAGAGUACCGGACGGCGCUGCUGGGAGCAGGGACGAGUGCGUGA